UUUUAGUUUUAUUAUACUACCAUACGUAAUACUAGUUUUAAAUUUUCAAUUUAUCAGUUUGUAAGAAUGUAUUUAAAACAAAUUAUUGUAUUUACGUUUUUAUUUUAUCACUACACGACAGCGGAUAAUAUUUCAACUCCGUCUACGAUCACGACUACGGCUAAUGCGUGUGUAUAUGACGAUGAGGAUAACACGACGAAUGAUGGCAUUGAUGAAAUUAAUAAUUUGAUUUCAUUAGGAAAUCUAGUCAGAAGUGACGACCAAAAAUCUAAGAAUAAAGGCGAAUUCGUUGCUGACAUUUUUUCACCCUAUAACAAUAUUGAAGACGAAAUAAACGAAUACUCAAAUGCUAGUGGGAAUUUCUAUGAUUAUAAAAAACCGCUUGUUGACUUUAAUGAGGAGUCGAUUAUUCCUGAGAAUGAAUACACAAAUUAUGGCACUAGAACUACUGGCAAUUAUGUACUAACGCUUGAUAACUUAAAUGAGGAUUCGAGUGAUGAUAAGUCUGACUUUGGCCAAACACAAUUUGGCAAUCACAGAAGUUAUGAUGAGAACGAAAAUCCGGUUUUUGAGAAUAUUUACCCUGUAGGCAAUACAAUCGGUCGGUUGGAAAAGUCUGAUUCGAUUAAACGAUCUGGCGAAAAUGAACCUCUAAAGGACGAUGAGGAAAACUCAGCGAGUGAUGACACUUCUGCCGAUGAUGUACUAACGAUAUCCAACGAAGAUGACGGAUUCAAUCCUUUUUCUAAUACAGACUUUAAAAACAAGUAUAGUGUAUAA